CAGACGGUCUACCUGGUCAUGGAUCACCUGCUGAUGGUGUUGGUGUUGCUGUGCAGCUCAGGACUCCAGGCUGAAGAUGAUCACCAAUCAGAGACUGUCAGGUUGGUGGGAGGAGCCAGUCGCUGUGCAGGUACACUGGAGGUGAAACAUGGAGAGUGGAGACCAGUGAGUUACUCUGUCUGGACCCUGAAGGAAGCAAAUGUCAUGUGUAGAUAUCUGGACUGUGGCUCUGCUCUUUUAACAAGAAGCAGAUAUGAGGUCCCAAAGAUGUCUGUAUGGAGGCUCAGACCAGACUGUGUUCGGUCUGGAUCUGCACUGAUGGACUGUGUAUCAUCAGAUUCUUCUAAUCAUAUCCGGGAGCUCACCUGCUCAGACUCUGUCAGGCUGGUGAAUGGGACUAGUCUGUGUUCAGGCAGACUGGAGGUGAAGUCUGAGCAGUCGUGGUCCUCAGUGUGUGAAGCUGACUUUGACCAGCAGGAUGCAGAUGUGGUCUGUAGGGAGCUUGACUGUGGGACUUCUUUAGUCAUCCAGGGGGCACUCUAUGGAGAAGUGGAGGCUCCAAUGUGGACCAAAGAGUUCCAGUGUGGAGGCAAUGAGUCUGCUCUCCUGGACUGUGAACGAUCAAACUCAGCUACAAGAACCUGCUCACCUGGUAAAGCUGUUGGACUCACCUGCUCAGAGCCUUUCAGAUUGGUGGGAGGAGCCAGUCGCUGUGCAGGUACACUGGAGGUGAAACAAGGAGUGUGGAGACCAUUAAGAUACUCUGACUGGACCCUGAAUGAAGCAGAUGCAAUAUGUAGAAAUCUGGACUGUGGCUCUGCUGUUUCAACAAGAAGCAGAAGGCUAGACUCAGACAGACCUGUAUGGGUGAUCAGUUCUGACUGUCUUCGUUCUGGAUCUGCACGGAGGAGCUGUGUAUCAUCAUCAUAUUUAUCGUCCUCCAUCUUGGAGAUCACCUGCUCAGACUCUGUCAGGCUGGUGAAUGGGUCUAGACUGUGUUCAGGCAGACUGGAGGUGAAGUCUGAGCAGUCGUGGUCCUCAGUGUGUGAAGCUGACUUUGACCAGCAGGAUGCAGAGGUGGUCUGUAGGGAGCUUGGCUGUGGGACUCCUUCAGUCCUCCAGGGGGCGCUCUAUGGAGAAGUGGAGGCUCCAAUGUGGACCAAAGAGUUCCAGUGUGGAGGCCAUGAGUCUGCUCUCCUGGACUGUAGAAGAUCAGACUCAGCUAGAAGAACCUGCUCACCUGGUAAAGCUGUUGGACUCACCUGCUCAGACCUGCAUCCUGUCAGGUUGGUGGGAGGAGCCAGUCGCUGUGCAGGUACACUGGAGCUGAAACAUGGAGAGUGGAGACCAGUGAGUUACUCUGACUGGACCCUGAAGAAAGCAGACGUACUAUGUAGAUAUUUGGACUGUGGCUCUGCUGUUUCAAUAGGAAGCAGAAAUGAAGCCUCACACAGAUCUGUAUGGUGGAUCAGAUCUGACUGUUUUCUGUCUGAAUCUUCCCUGAUGGACUGUGUAUCAUCACGUUCAUCUUCCUCCAUAGUGGAGCUCACCUGCUCAGACUCUGUCAGGCUGGUGAAUGGGACUAGUCUGUGUUCAGGCAGACUGGAGGUGAAGUCUGAGCAGUCGUGGUCCUCAGUGUGUGAACCUGACUUUGACCAGCAGGAUGCAGAGGUGGUUUGUAGGGAGCUUGGCUGUGGGACUCCUUUAGUCCUCCAGGGGGCGCUCUAUGGAGAAGUGGAGGCUCCAAUGUGGACCAAAGAGUUCCAGUGUGGAGGCAAUGAGUCUGCUCUGCUGGACUGUAGAAGAUCAGACUCAGCUAGAAGAACCUGCUCACCUGGUAAAGCUGUUGGACUCACCUGCUCACCAGAGCCUGUCAGGUUGGUGGGAGGAGCCAGUCGCUGUGCAGGUACACUGGAGAUGAAACAUGGAGAGUGGAGACCAGUGAGUUACUCUGUCUGGACCCUGAAGGAAGCCGCUAUAAUAUGCAGACAUCUGGACUGUGGCUCUGCUCUUUCAAUAAGCAGCAGAAAUGAAUACUCAUACAGAUCUCUAUGGAGCAUCAGUUCUGACUGUGUUCAGUCUGGAUCUGCACUGAGGGACUGUGCAUCAUCAUAUUCCUCUUACUUCAUCAUGGAAAUCACCUGCUCAGACUCUGUCAGGCUGGUGAAUGGGACUAGUCUGUGUUCAGGCAGACUGGAGGUGAAGUCUGAGCAGUCGUGGUCCUCAGUGUGUGAAGCUGACUUUGACCAGCAGGAUGCAGAGGUGGUCUGUAGGCAGAUUGACUGUGGGGCUCCUUCAGUCCUCCAGGGGGCGCUCUAUGGAGAAGUGGAGGCUCCAAUGUGGACCAAAGAGUUCCAGUGUGGAGGCAAUGAGUCUGCUCUCCUGGACUGUAGAAGAUCAAACUCAGCUAGAAGAACCUGCUCACCUGGUAAAGCUGUUGGACUCACCUGCUCAGAGCCUGUCAGGUUGGUGGGAGGAGCCAGUCGCUGUGCAGGUACACUGGAGGUGAAAUAUGGAGAGUGGAGACCAGUGUGGUACUAUGACUGGAUCCCGAAGGAUGCAGAUGUAAUAUGUAGAUAUUUGGACUGUGGCUCUGCUGUUUCAACAAGAAGCAGAGAUGAAGCCUCAAGCAGAUCUACAUGGUGGUUCAGAUCUGACUGGCUUCAUUCUGCUUCUGAUGUGAGGGACUGUGUGUUCUCAUAUUCCUCUUCCUCCAUCUUGGAGCUCACUUGCUCAGACUCUGUCAGGCUGGUGAAUGGGACUAGUCUGUGUUCAGGCAGACUGGAGGUGAAGUCUGAGCAGACGUGGUCCUCAGUGUGUGAAGCUGACUUUGACCAGCAGGAUGCAGAGGUGGUCUGUAGGGAUCUUGGCUGUGGGGCUCCUUCAGUCCUCCAGGGGGCGCUCUAUGGAGAAGUGGAGGCUCCAAUGUGGACCAAAGAGUUCCAGUGUGGAGGCAAUGAGUCUGCUCUCCUGGACUGUAGAAGAUCAAACUCAACUAGAAGAACCUGCUCACCUGGUAAAGCUGUUGGACUCACCUGCUCAGAUCCUGUCAGGUUGGUGGGAGGAGCCAGUCGCUGUGCAGGUACACUGGAGCUGAAAUAUGGAGAGUGGAGACCAGUCGGUGGAAAAUUCUAUGACUGGACCCUGAAGAAAGCAGAUGCAAUAUGUAGAUCUCUGGAUUGUGGCUCUGCUGUUUCUACAGGAAUCAGAAAUGUACACUCAUACCGUAUGUCUGUAUGGUGGAUCAGCUCUGAGUGUCUUCAACCUGGAUCUGCACUGAUGGACUGUGCAUCAUCAUCAGGUUCUUCUUCCUCCAUCUUGGAGAUCACCUGUUCAGGAUGCAGAGGUGGUCUGUAG